AUGAGAAUGAGGUUCAUGCUACUAGCCCUGGGGACAUUGGUCGUCAGUGGCGUGGCCCAGGCAGGAACCGCAACGUCUGCCAGCGGAUCUCCUCCGCGAGAUCCCCCUAUCGUCAAUCCCACACGAGCGCCAUACCAGGACCCGAACCUGGAGACCGUUCUUCGAGUGGAGGAUCUCCUCUCUCGCAUGCCAAUGAGGGAGAAGAUGGCUCAGCUCAUGCAAGAUCUCGACGACACUCCUAUCUUCGCCCCGAGAAGGAUUAGGACUAAUGAUUUGCAUAGGAGAACUGGACCGUUUUUCAGCUAUCCACGCUCUACACUUGACUUGGCCUACCGUGGGGCCCAGGCGCUGCAGGGCUGGAUCAUGAACGACACAAGUCUGUCUCUUCCAGCGAUCGUGCAAUGCGAAGGGCUUCAUGGACUGGGACUUCCGAAUGCUACUAUAUUCACGUCUCCCAUUGGACUGGGGGCAUCCUGGAACAUUGAGUUAAUGGAGCGGGUCGCUGAAACAAUCGGUAAAAAGGCCCGCGCCUUGGGCAUCACGCAAGUCUUUGCGCCCUCAUUGGACCUUGCCCGAGACCCAAGACAUGUUGAAGAAUCAUAUUCGGAAGACCCAUACCUAGCCGGAGAAAUUGGAGCGGCGUUUGUGCGCGGUCUCUGGAAGUCCAAGGUUGCCUCCACUAUCAAGCAUCUGGCAGGCUAUGGGAAUCCGGAGCAGGGAAUUUGCAACGGGCCAUGGCGGGCCGCGGGAGCUGCAUACUACGUAUCUCCCACCGUUUCAGCGGGCGUUGCAGGAGACCGAUACGACGGUAUCCCGUCCGUCAGUAACCGGUACCUACUCACGGAGGUGCUGCGCGAGCAAUGGGACUUCCAAUACUUCACCACCUCGGACUACGGGGGGCCGGAUCGACUCUGUGAGACUUUCAAGAUGUGCCACAGCGACCCCGUAGACAAGGAAGCAGUGACCAUGAUGGUCCUGCCAGCUGGUGGGGACACUGAAGGCGGGGGCUUAUUGUGGGCAAAUCCCCUCCAGCCAUCCCCAACGAUCAAUUUCGACGCGGUGCCCGACCUCGUUUUAAACGGGACUUUGUCUCCCUCCAUUGUCGAUGAAGCAGUGCGACGUGUGCUAAGGGCGAAGAUCGACAUGGGUCUCUUUGAAGAUCCUUUCCCUGCAGCACCGCCGUCGGAUUGGCGCGCGCUCAUCCGCACGCCCGAGGCGCUCGAUCUCGCCACGGAGAUGGACCGCGAGUCGAUUGUACUUCUACACAACCCGGAAGACAUCCUGCCUCUGGCCCAGAAGUCGCAGAAACUGGCAGUCAUUGGGCCUUUCGCCGACACCCUGAAUUACGGAGACUACAUCGCGUACCGACCGGGCGGCGUCACACCCAGGCAAGGAAUCCAGAACCUGGCCACUAACAACGACGAGUCGCUCAUCGGCGAAGCCGUGCAGCAAGCGCAGGCCGCCGACGUGGCCGUUGUGGUCGUGGGCACCUGGACCCAGGACCUCGAGGGCCAGGAAAAGGGCUUGAACGCCACGACCGGCGAAGGCUACGACACGAAUGACCUGCGGCUGGUGGGCGCCCAACGCGCCCUGGUCCAACAGAUCAUCGACACCGGGAAGCCGACCGUCGUGGUUUUCUCUUCCGGCAAGCCCAUCACCGAGCCCUGGCUCUCCUCCAACGCGACCGCCACCGCUCUCAUUCAGCAAUUCUACCCCUCGCCGAACGGCGGCGUCGCGCUGGCGGAUGUGCUGUUCGGAAACCAUAACCCCAGCGGACGCCUGCCCGUCAGCUUUCCACGCGACGUGGGCAGUCUCCCCGUGGCCUACGACUACCUGGACUCCGGGCGCGAGAUCCGAUCCCCCGGCGCGCGCCAUUCCAAUGGUAGUCUUGAGUUUGGCCACGACUAUGUGCUCGAUACGCCGGAUGUGUGGUUCGGGUUCGGGCAUUGGGAGAGUUACUCGACAUUCGAGUAUAGCGAUCUUCAGGUAGUCCCAAAGGCUCCGCGGGCGUCCGAUCAUGUGACUGUCACGGUGAAUGUGAAGAAUACCAGCGAGCGGGAUGGGAAAGAGGUCGUGCAGCUCUAUGUGGUGGACCCGAUUUCUUCGGUCGUCAAGCCAAACAAGCAGCUCAAGGGGUUUCAGAAGGUCUUUAUCCGGGCUGGUGAGACUGCUACAGUCAGCUUAGAGGUUCGUGUUAGCAGUCUCGGACUGUGGGACGCGGAGAUGCGAUACGUGAUCGAGCCCGGUGAGUUCAUUGCACACGUGGGUCGCAGCUCGACGGAUUUGAGGGGGAAUGUGUCUUUCUUCGUGUAUUGCAAUUGCAGCCGUAUCGGUGAAGAGAUCGAUAGAACUCCGUGCUUAUUUGAUUCAUGCCAAGCCCCCGAGCGUGAUCUCACCUUUCGCCGCAAGAUGAUGAGGAAUCAACCUCCGCCAAAACACGUCGGUCACUCACUGGCUGCUCCGAAUCGAGUCAGUCGUAAGGGCAGAGGCGGAACUUCCCAGACCAUGCUGCUUCGCCACGAACUGAUGUCGAAGUCCGGUUCUUCCAGCUGCCAGUCAAACGCCCACAGCAUCCUGGCCAGAACAUGGGUCAUCUCCAUCUCGGCCAGCUGCCGGCCCGGGCAGCUCUGCCGACCCAGCAGGAACGGAUGUACUGCACUUUUAUCAUCUAAGCUGUAUUCCGAGCUAUCGAGCCAACGUUCGGGAUGGAACAUUGGGGGGCUCGAAUGAUU